CUCGGAGGCUAACGAAAUAGAAGGCUUCCGGGUAAACCAUGUUAUGUAACAUCGUAUCGAGCUUCCCUCGAGCUCUAGUCUUCACCGUCACUUCAACGCCGCCAGAACUCCAUCCUCGCGCACGUCGCCAACCUCUCGAUCACCGCUGUGCGCCCGCUGUCGCCAAACUCCGAAUCAUGCUCGUCUGAACUUCUCAUGAAAUCUACGCCCUUGAACCUUCGCCGUUGUCACACGCCAGUGACACCUAGAGAUGGGCCAGAACUACUCCACCACCGCCGCUGACGGCAAUACCCGAGCGGGGAUCGAUAUUCCAGAGCUUGUCGACCUCUCUUACGAGAAAUCCCUGGGCUCGGCACGAUUUCUCAAAACCAUCAGAGCUCGGCAUGCCGAUGGUCUCGUUGCAGUCAAGGUUUUCGCGAAACCGCUGCUCGCCGGCUUCAACCUUGAUCUCCACCGGCAGCAGAUCGAACGCGAACAGGAAGCGCUGCUGAACAUACCUAACGCCUUCACGUAUGACAGGGUUGUGGAGACGGAACGGGCAGCAUAUCUAGUUCGGCAAUAUCUCUACAGCAGCUUAUACGAUCGUAUCAGCACCCGGCCGUUUUUGGAAGAGAUCGAGAAGCGAUGGAUAGCCUUUCAGCUCCUGUGCGGAAUCCGGGAUUGCCAUGCUCAGGGUGUACACCAUGGCGAUAUCAAAGCUGAAAAUGUUCUCGUCACGUCCUGGAACUGGAUAUACCUCACGGACUUUGCGCCCUUCAAGCCGACAUACCUUCCGGCAGAUAACCCGGCGGAUUUCUCCUACUUCUUCGAUACGUCGAGCAGGCGGAUAUGUUACAUAGCCCCAGAGCGGUUUCUCGAUCCCAACCAGGAACGGGAGGACACUAGUAUUACGGACGAGAUGGACAUCUUCAGUCUUGGCUGUGUCAUUGCGGAGCUUUUCUUGGAGGGAACGCCGCUCUUUACUCUGUCCCAGCUCUUCAAGUAUCGCUCAGGAGAUUAUGACCCCGCGCCACAAUUGGCCAAGAUCGAGGACCCAGAAAUUCGACAGCUUAUACAGCACAUGAUCAGCCUCGAUUCGUCCAAGAGGUAUUCGGCGGAGAAAUAUUUGAAUGAGUGGAGGCGAAAGGCAUUUCCAGAGUACUUUUACAGCUUUUUGCAUCAAUACAUUGGCUUUGUCACAGACCCCACCUCUGGUCGCACUCAUCUUCCCGAGGAGGGUAAUGAUGCGCAUGACCGUGCGGACCACAGAAUAGACAGAAUAUACCACGAUUUCGAUAAGAUCUCCUUCUUCCUCGGAUUCGAGCUUAACGAGGAGGCACCGAAGAAGACGUCCGCAAGCGAUGACAUAAUUCCCAUUCAUCUUGAUAUCCCAAACUACCAGCGACACUCUUCGGCUGUGCGUAGGAGACAUGUUAUUUCGGACGACGGGACUUUAAUAUUCCUGAGUCUUCUGGCUUCUUCGCUAAGAAACACAACCCGCACCGGUUCUCGAGUGAGAGGAUGUGAUGUAAUGUUGGCCUUCGCGGAACGGAUCACCGACGAGGCGAAGAUGGAUCGGUGCUUGCCAUAUCUAGUCUCUCUUCUGGGCGAUGAGAGUGUAAUUGUACAGGUGGCUGUCAUCCGGACCAUUACACAACUGAUGGAAAUCGUCGAAGUUGCAUCUCCUACCAAUGCAGAUGUCUUCCCUGAAUAUAUCCUUCCCAAGCUUGAACACUUUGCUAUAAGUGAGAGCACGCUGGUUCGUGCCACAUAUGCGUCGUGCCUUGCAUCACUGGCCAACAGCGCUGCGCGGUUUCUCGAUAUGACCCAAGCUCUACGCGCGGACGGUGUUUUACCCACCACAGAUCCCGAAGCCGAGGCAUCUAGCGAUACGGCAUCGGCUCAAGCACUUUUCGAUACUUCACGGAAUAUUCUUGUGCGGUACUUCCAGGACCACGCAAAACUGCUUUUGACCGAUAGUGAUUCUGCGGUGCGCCGUGCGUUCCUGAGGUCGGUGUCCAGGCUUUGCGUCUUCUUCGGGAGGAACAAGGCAAAUGAUAUCAUCCUGAGCCAUCUCAACACCUACCUAAACGACAAAGAUUGGAUCCUGCGAUGUGCGUUCUUCGAAACCAUCACGGGAAUCGCCACGUACCUGGGAAGCGUGGCUUUGGAGGAGUAUAUCAUGCCACUGAUGGUUCAGAGUUUGACCGACCCGGAGGAAUUCGUUGUUGAGAAAGUACUGCGUUCACUUGCAAGUAUGGCAGAGCUGGGGUUGUUCCAAAGAAGUAAGAUAUGGGAGAUGGUCGAUGUCGUGGGAAGAUUUACGAUGCAUCCCAAUAUAUGGAUCCGGCAAGGGGCCGUCGGGUUUAUCGCAGCCAGCACAAAAUGGCUGGCACCGGCAGACAUUCAUUGCAUCGUCUUCCCGCUUCUGGCGCCGUUCCUGAGGACUAAGAUGGUUGAUCUCUCCGCCCUGAAUCUACUGGAGAAUCUUAAGAAGCCGCUUUCACGAAGUGUCUUUGAAAUGGCGGUGAACUGGGCUAUGCAAGCUCGGGAUGGCCACUUCUGGGCCAGUGCUCAAGGACAACGCACGUUUGUAUUCGGAUCCGUGACCGAUUCGGUCCCGAAAAUAUCUACCAGAGAUGCGCAGGCUCGGAUACCCAAAAACCAAGAGGAUGAAGUCUGGCUCGGCAAGCUUAGGAAUAUGGGGAUGCCACCGGACGACGAAUGGAAGAUCGUGGCCUUGAGGGAGUACAUCUGGAGGAUGGCUCAAUCCAAACCUCGAUUACUCUCUGAUAGCACAACUUCGUCAAUAGGGGCAACAAUCUCACUUCAGAACCUCAACAUCACACCGUAUACUAUCUUCUUUGAUGAGAAUGAGAGUCUCUUCAAACUCCUGGCACCGCGGUCGGACAAUCCUUCGAGACCCCUCACAAUCUCCGACGCUCUCAUGGAUGCAUCGAGGACAAUUGACAAGCCUCUCCGGAAGUCCGCAUCAAAACUACAUCUGAAGCGGAUGGCGGAGGAUAUUCGCCGGCAGCAACGGAACGUUGAAGGCAGCGGAAGUCUGUCUGGUUCCGGGUCGACCACUCCCACUAUCACUGCAGUCGACACUGGCACUACGACUAAGCCUUUGCAGAUCCCCGCGGUCAGGAUAAGUGGUACCGACAGUGCACCGGUCACGCCCAACUCUGUGGAAAAUCACCUGGUUUUGCGCCAUAAGGGGAGCAAAAAUAGCUUGUUGAACAGAGGAAUGGGCCCUUCGAAAGCACCGGCGGAAACGAGUACUGUAUCGACCACUGCCGUUGGAAGGGUGGGAGCACCGCUCUCGAAGGGUACCAAUGGAGAGCCGACGAUCACUCCGUCCCUGGAACCGCAGUUCCCAUUCCGAGCGGCUCAUUCGUAUGAUGGAAAUGACCCACACAUUCUUCAUCUCUUGGACACUAUGUACCUGCAGAACUAUCCGAGCGAUAUCGUCGAGUUCGGGCCGACGAUUAUUCCAGCUCAGCGACAACAACCCAUCAAGAAGAGCAAUGGCCGUCUUGCUAGCGGCAUGUGGAAACCGGAGGGCACUUUCGUCGCCUCGUUCGGAGAGCACACGGAGCCCAUCAACCGAGUCGUGGUGGCACCCGACCAUAAUUUCUUCGUAACGGCGUCAGAUGAUAGUACGGUCAGGAUUUGGGACACGACAAGGCUGGAGAAGAACGUUGGCUUCCGGGCGCGGCAGUCAUACAAGCAUGGCAACAACGUCAAAGUGAAGGCACUCUGUUUCGUAGAGAACACCAGAUGCUUUGUGUCUGGCGCCACCGAUGGCAGCGUUCACGUCGUCAAAGUCGAAUUUUCCACCUCGGCAGCCAAAUACGGAAAGCUUCGAGUUAUGAGGGAAUUCCAGCUUCCUGGCUCCCAGGAAUAUGCGGUCUGGAUGGAACAUUUCAAAGCAGACAAUGGUUCCAACCUUCUCAUCGCCACGAAUGCAUCAAAUAUCUAUGCGCUGGACCUGCGAACCAUGCAGAUCCUCUACACACUCAAGAAUCCCGUCUACCAUGGCACACCGACCUGCUUCUGCAUAGACAAGAAGCGCAACUGGCUUGUCGUUGGCACUUCUCACGGGAUUCUGGACCUCUGGGACAUCCGCUACCAGCUGCGCCUCAAAGCCUGGGGCCUCCCCGGGUCCACACCCAUCCAUCGCCUCCAAUCCUACCCUCUCAAAGGCCGCAACCGUUGGAUCCUCGUCGCCGGCGGCACAGGCCCGGGCGAACUCUCCGUCUGGGAUUGCGACAAGGUCGUCUGCAAAGAAGUGUACCGCGCGGGCUCCCCCAGCAGCAAAGACUGGUCCAAGCCAUACGACGCCUGGAACGUCGACGACGAGUCGCCGGAGACGAUUCUGCAACGCUUCGCCACAUCUCUCACGCACCUCGAUACACCGACCUCCUCCACGCCGCCAGACCGCGGCGUCCGCGCCUUCGUUGUAGAACCCGACUUCGAAGCCAACGCCGAACCCCGCUCCGUCACGCCCGGCUUCAUCAUCGCCACCGGCGGCAACGACCGGAAAAUCCGCUACUGGAACACCGCGCGCAUCGAGAACUCGACCAUCAUCUCCGGCCUCGAGGUCGACGAGGCGAAGCCGUCGUACGUCACCACGCACCCCUCCCAGGGCCUCGCCAUCUUCUCCGAGAAGGCCUCGCACGGCGAUACAGAGUCCGUCUCGUCUACCGGCUCCGGGGGGAUUAGGGCUUUCCUUGGUGUUGGCGGUAGCUCCGCUGCUGCUACCUCCGCCAGCAGUAACAGCAACGGGAGGAAAAAGAGCUCCUCGUCUUCAGGUAACAAUGGGAGGUCGUCCAGGAGCACGGUUAUCAGCCAGCAGCAGCAGCAGUUGCUGAAGUCUCAUCUCGACACGGUUACGGAUGUGGCGUUCCUGGAGGUGCCGUAUGGAAUGGUUGUGAGCGUGGACAAAGGGGGGAUGGUUUUUGUGUAUCAGUGAUUGCGAUUUCUUUUUGAGGGAUGGCGUUUGAUUUCUAUAGCGUUCUAUAGCGAAGGGAUAUUAUGUACUACAUCGAGUUCCGUAUG